GGUGGAGACAUAACAACAAGAUUGAAUCCUCUUCUUCUAUGAUAGAAGUGCAACUAUUCUUAUUCACUGUCGUUGUGCAGAAAACUAUAUUAAAAUGGUCCUCCGCAGAGUACACUCUGCAAAAAAUGAGUCCUUCUUUGCUCGACAGCAUCGUAAAUUUGGAGCUCCACGUCGAGUCUUGUCUGCAUCCGGCGACUCCUGCGCUGAAACUGAAGCAACACCUUCUGGCAGCAACAAGCCUGCGCACGCGUCGAUCUGCUUGUCGUCCGCGCAGCAGCAACUUUCGACGCGUGGGCGCUCAUUUGCAGAUCGGCAACAGUAUAGGAGACGGCAAUUUCUAGGCUUCGAGGAGGCACGUGCGCACGUGCGCCAGCUUGGCCUUAAGUGUUCGAAGGAGUGGGAGUUCUACAGCCGGACAGCACGACCAGCGUGGAUUCCGUCGACGCCCAGCUCGUAUUACCGCCACACCGGCUUUGCAGGAUUUUCGGACUUCUGUGGAUACGACAGGCGUCCACGAGCCUUUAAGCAAGACUCCAGCGCUCAACCAUCUUCGAGCGUUGCUAACGCGAGUGCCAAGCGCCGGAAGCAACACUGGUAUGCCCGAAGUCAUUCGAUUUCGGCACACGGAAUACGCUUGUUUCUCGACACGAUGCGAGAAGUUGCACCGCAAAUCCGCUUCACGAUAGCCCCACGAAUGUCGCGAACUUCGGUUCUUUUUACGCUCGACUCGCCGAACACAGAGGCGGAGCAUGAGCGCUGGGCAACGCUGCUUGUCUACUCCACGUUGGGCGCGAAGCAGCCACAAGGAGUGUCGCGAGAUCCAGCCCAUCACGAACGCACUACAGAAAUUAUGGAAGAUCAACAAGAAUAUCGACAUUCUGAAAUCAUGUGUCCUAACUCUGGAGCCGAUGACCGCUCGACGCCGCGGUGCAGUAGCCCCUUGGUCUUCUUAAUGAAGGCAGGCGCGCACGGAGCAGGUAUAAUUGGGAUUCAUCUACCGACAAAACAAUUUUUUGCACGGUCUCAUGAUACAUGUUGUCGAAAUAUCCGCUCUGCUCGCGCUCUCAGAAUGAAGAAAAGGGAAUGCCACGUGUCGAGUGAGAAUGCGACGACCUCGUCGUCUGGCUUACCCAGCGAGCGGCAAAUUAAGCGAGCCGAGAGUGCGGACAAAGAAACGGGAGACGCUGUUGCUCGGCAGGAGUUUCCGCAUUCGCUCUCAUCGGCAGAAGUAUCGCGGGCUCGCAGAAUGAGGCACGCCAUCUAUUUUCGCUCGGAGCAGGCCGUCAAAUCACCGCAAGUACUGGCCUCGCUUCUACAAAACUGGUGGGUAUCUGCGGAAAAGCGAAGGCUAUCCGAGUGGUUCUGCAUUCUGGCUAGCUGCAGUGUGGAUAACACGUCGCAGAAAUGUAUGCGCCUAGCUAUGCACUUCGUGUACGAGCCGCUGCGAUUGAAAGUCGACAUACCGAGUCGCGACGUGUGGACCUACAACACACUUCUAUCCGGUCGCAGGGUACUGCACCGUGUCGGCAAACCCAUGAAUCGUGGACAGGGCUAUGACGUUUAUCUCGCCCGCCGUGACACUGCAAAGGCUGGCGUCGUGCCGAUCGGCGUGGAUGAUCCAAUCGACUUUCUGGUCGUAUACGUGUUGCGAAGCCGACAGGGGCUUGACCUCCAUCAAGAGGAGCUGACUUCCUUGCCGAAUGAAAAUAGCGGACUCCUCGGUAUGUUCGUCAUUCCGCGGCAUGAGCUGAUCCCAUACUUUCAGGACAGAAACGAGGAGGGAAGAGACGGCUUUUUGCGGGUUGGUCUCUACGCUCCGCACUCGCGAGCACGAAACUGGCGAUGUUUACGACGCAAAGAGCAAAUGUGCAAGUACUACAUUGAUUUCGCUCACGGAUCAACCUCUGAGGACGCGUGGAGGGCUGAAUUGGAAAAAGCGAGACAGAUUCUGAGCUGAAAAAAAGGACGAUCAUCAAUAACCAACCACGGAAGUCGUGAAGUGGCGCUGCCAAGCGAUUAAGUACUCAUCUACUAACACUAAAAACUCUCAUAGCUUCUAGUAAAUAAUAUGAAUAUGUACUUAUAGAUACUUAUAGCGAAUAUGAUUCUUGUGACAAAUAAGUAUUGUAAUCAAUGUGAAUUUCUACAGAUUUUUGAGAUUGCAAAGACAAACGUUUAGUUGUUGAUGUCAGAAAGACCACAAGGGAAGAUAGGAGGUUGAUGUUUCAGCGAGUUUCCAUUUUGAAGAAAGAAAGACUUUGUUUCGAUACCAUGUUUCGCAUUUUGUACAACCUGCUCUGCAUGGGCAACAUGAAACAGUAGCUGCUACGGAGAUUCAAAUGCAGAUGCACCGGUUGGGGUCGUGGACGUACUACAGCAGUGUUACAUUUACGGUGAAGCAAGAC